AUGGUCAAAUCGGAGGCUGCAGUUGCCAUAGAGGCAGAGUUUAGCAAAGGAGACACCCAGGAGCAUGUUGAGGAGGUAGCACUGGCACGCGUGACAGAGGAGGACCUGUGGAAAUUGUCCCAGGAGUCGUUGAACGUAUGGUCAUGGACCGGAUUCCGUCUGGGUCUCAUCAUGUUCAUCCACGGCUGCAACCAAGCUGGCUUUGGAAUUGACUGGGGGGUUAUCGGCGGUAUCAAUUCCUUGGAUCCGUGGCAUGAAUAUUUCGGCUUUGGUACCGCGGGUGGCACGUAUGGCCUAGUCAAUGCCCUGAUGCAGAUUGGCACUGUCUGCGGUGCACCAUUCAUGGCUUUGGCCGAUGUAAUCGGCCGUCGUGGGAUCAACUUUGCCGGCAAUGCUAUUGUGAUUUUUGCGGCUUUGCUGCAGGGCUUGGCCAUUAAUCUGCCAAUGUUUAUGGCUGGACGAUUCUUCAUGGGUUUCGGAACAGCGCUCAUGUCGAGCUCGCAAUACAUUGGUGAAAUAUCGCCUGUUCACCUGCGUGGUCGCAUGGUCGGCUUCUUCGGGGCAUGUUUCCAAGUCGGUAGUUUGACCAUGCUCGGUGCCAUGAUUGGACUUUCUACUCUGCCGGGCAAUCUUUGCUGGCGCAUCCCUCUCAUCCUCGAGGCUCUCUUCCCGGCCAUUGUCUGCCUGGGCAUUUACCUCAUCACCCCCGAGUCGCCUCGUUACUAUGUCAUGAGGGGCAAUCGACAAAAGGCCAAGGAGAUUAUAGCCAAAUACCACACCACCAGCACGGAUGUCAAUGAGCCGAUUGUCGAUAUUGUUGUUAGACAGAUUGAGGAGUCCCUGGAGAGCGAUCGCGAUCGGUCGGGCACCAGGGCCUUCUGGGACUAUCGGGUCUUCUUCACCAAGACCGCGCGAUACCGUCUCCUGGUUCUGGUCUUGUAUUCAAUCUUCCAGCAAUGGAACGGAGGCAGUAUUAUCACAUACUAUAUGACCCCUUCGUUGCAGCAGCUUGGCAUCGAUGGCACAAAGCAGCAACUCGGCAUUACCAUUGGAACUACAGCAGUUUACUUUGUCUUUACGGCCGUCGGAUCGUUCCUCGUUGACAAGUUCCGCAGGCGAACCCUGAUAUUUGUUGGUCUGAUCAGUAUGAUUGUCUUCCAGACGGCCACCACGAUCACAUCGUGGCAGUAUAGUCUCAACGCCAACACCGCUGUUGCGGCACUCACUCUUCUCUGGAUCUUCCUUUACCAGACUUUCUCUGCGACGUUUGUUGCGACCAUGCACAACCUGUACCCAAUUGAAAUUCUCUCUCUGCCACUUCGUGCAAAAGGAAUGGGUCUAUACAGUCUGAUACAAGGCGGUGCUGGAGCCGCGCAGACGUACGGAAUCGGAGUCGGCAUCGCAAAAGUAGGAUACAAGAUUUGGGUGGUGUAUAUCGUUUACAACACCAUUCAACUUGUUUUGUCGUAUUUCAUCUUCCCAGAAACUGCCGGUCUGUCUCUGGAGGAGAUUGAUACGGUAUUUGAAACCCCUGGUGUUGCGCCAGUCAAGAUGUCGUUGGACAUCCAACAGGCCAAGAAGGAGAGAAGCGCCGCGGGACGGGACGAGGAGACCAGGUUUGGAUAA